ACUAACCACCCUGUGACACACUGACACUGCCUUAAAGCAAAGCGCCGGGGGCCGGCCAAGUGGAGCGCCUAGUAGCGUGGCAGCCAGUCGUCACGCGGUCCUGCAAAUAGUAACCGCACUUGUGCCGUUCUGAAAGGUGACUGCGUUUUGACCGGAUAUCUAUAACCGAUCGAUCCACUGCAGGCAGGAAAAUACCAAACUCCAAAUUGUUCGGCAUAAACAAGCCAAACCUAAUUAAACAAGUGACAUACACAUACCCAUGGUCGUAUUAAUAAACCAGAUUCUUCAAAAUGAGACUACUUUGAGAAAAGAUAUCCAGGUCUAUUCUCACUUAAGUGAGGCUUUCGGUUGCUCAAUUAAAAAGAGACCGAUAUCCCAUUCUAUCUCUGACCAGUGUUGUUAAGAUCAGUUUAAAAAAGUUUUUAAAGAAAAAAAAAACUUGCGUGGAGGCGUUUGUCGUUCAAACGUGGAGGAGUAUUGGCAACCGAGGCGAGAAGCACUCCCUCCUCUCGUCUCCACCUCCCACGCCUCGUCCCAACUCACAACCCAAUCGAAUCUCCCCACGACGAAGGCAGAGGGAAGGGAGCGCGAGGUGGUAGUAGACUGGCAGAGAGGGCAGGGCAAAGGCAUGGACGCAGCCGGCUCGCCGCGGAGGAAGAAGAAGGCGGCGGCGGCGAAGAAGCGGCGGGGGGGAGGGGACGAGCGGGAGCGCGGGCGCGGGCGCGGGCGCGACCUGUCUCCGGCGGCGCCACCCGUGGGCGCCGGUGGAGGGAAGGACGCGGCGCUCGCGGAGUGCGCGGCGGCGUGCUGCGUGCUGUGCGCGUGCCUGCCCCUGGCGGCGCUCUGCUGCGUGGCGCGCGCGCCCGUCCGCGUCGCGCGGCGGUGCUGGCGGUGGCGGUGGAGGAGGCGGAGGCCGCAGCGGCGCCUCGCGCCCGGGGGGUCGUCGUCGUUCUCCGACGCCGAGCUCGGUGACUUCCGGCCCGGACGGCCCAGGCGCGCAAUGGCGGACCAGGAGUUCCGGCCACGGGGGACGUCUCCAACUCCAAGCGGCAGCCGCCGAUCCCCGUCGCCGGCGCCACCGCAUCCGCAGCAGCAGCAACCACCCCCUCAUGAUCGGAGAAGAUAGUGCAAGUUAGUUAGCAUUUUUAUUUCUCCCAUCAUUUCGCACCAAUUUUGCUGCAACUAUCACCAGAUCGUCCACCAAGUGGAUCGAUCUUUGGUUAGUGCCUAAGCUCAUGAUUAGGAGAAAAAAAAGAAGAUGAUUUUUUGCCAAGGAAGAGGGCCACCCCCAAUGUAUCACACCCCAAUCAAACAAGGCCAGGUUGCUAAUCAAUGCACAUCCGAUUGUCAUCA